UUGUUCAUUCAAUGUCCCUCGCAAUUUGCGCGCCGCGGCGGGCUGGCGCUGCGGCGGUUCUCCCUGCCCCGGGGGGGAGCGCGCGCUCGUGCCCAACGAGGAGGAGCACACCGGAACUCCGAUGGCCAAGCUUCUAACUGGGGAACUCGCUAGUGGUCAAGGCCCUGACAAGACACUUGUACUAUCAAGAGACUUUAAGAGCAGGCACCCUGAUUCUGUAGAGACCCCUCUCCCUGCAUGCUAGAGUGCUGUUUCCUCUCCACACUUCUGGGCCAGUUCUCAAUGGAAACAGAAUUCCAGGGGAUGAUGACUCAGCCUUUGGCAAGAAGGUUGGCAGGAACAGCAGGAUUGAAAGUCUGUGUGCCUAGAACAAGAUUUUAGACUCGAUCUCUCCUCACAAUAUCUUUUUCAAAUCACCCGAUAAGGAUCAUGGCAUCAGCAGUCAAAUGGGUGACAUCAAACAGAACUAUCUGGAAACAUUUAUUUCCAAUGCAAAAUGGAGCUUUAUCCAGUGUCUGCCAUAAGUCUACAUAUUCUUCUCUUCCAGAGGACUACAACUGCAAGGUAGAGCUGGCUUUGACCUCUGACGGCAGGACAAUAGUGUGCUACCACCCUUCCGUGGACAUCCCCUACGAGCACACCAAACCUGUCCCUCAACCAGAUAUUUUGCAUAAUAAUGAAGAAACACAUGAACAAGUGCUGAAAACCAAAUUGGAAGAAAAAAGCAAACGGCUUGAGCAAGGCCCCAUGAUAGAGCAGCUCAGCAAGGUGUUCUUCACCACGAAGCAUCGCUGGUACCCACGCGGACAGUAUCACAUGCGCCGUAAGAAACCGGAUCCCCCCAAAGACAGGUGAUGACUCUCGAUUUUCCAAGCAUCGAGGAAAUUUUGCUUUUGUCUCAUUUGGCAGCUGAGAAAAUGCAAAUGGUGUAUUCAUUAAGAUGUUAUGUAAGAAAAUAAUAAAAACACCCUUUCAUAGA